UGCAGCUGACAGCUUUGCCCCCUCCUCCCAUCAAACCUGCGCAGGUGGCGCAGCUACACGCCCAACUCCAGAUUAUUCAGUUAUCAGGAAGGGCGGUGAAGCAAAAUCCCAGGAGCCUCACGACGCGUCGCUACUGUCGAGCUAGACAUGAUCGCGAUUUUCUCAUCCUGCCGAGCUCAGUGCUUUAAGUAUAAGAAGCUCUGAUUUUUAUGUGUCCCGUGAGGAGGGGAGCGUAGCCGUGGAGCAGGAGACGUGCGUCGGAGUGAAAGGGCUUGUGCUAGGCGCACUCCAAAAAUAUGGGUCUCACACGCCGGUGGGUGCCACACGUGGUCUCCCUGCUGUUAUCGCUGUGUUUCUGGCUAUUCGUGUCGGCAGGCGCGCUGGAGAUUUUUGACCAAGACACACCUGAGUUCACCUGCAGCAAGGGUUUGACUGACUGCCAUGUGGAUCAAGCUCCGUUUUCUGAUGACUUCCCUGAUCCAUACAGUAAAGUUGACGUUACACAGUUGCAGCUCGAAAGUGUUCUCUGCUGUUCAAACAAACAGAACUGCAGUCUUUGCCUUCAAGUCACCAUCACUCUACAAGCUGACGAAAUGGGUAUCGUGACGGAUGUUUCUGAGGAGUCGGGUGAUGACGGCGAAAAAGAAGAUUUUGUGAAAGUGCAUUUUAGUGUCCCGGGAACGUUAGACUGUUGGAAGAUACUCUAUUUUAAACAAAGCAACACCACUGUUGGCAAGUCGACAUAUAAGCUGCUGUUGAGAGAAAAAGUGCAGUUCGGCAGUCCUGUUAUGGUCAGUGUAGACUCAAAGAGUCAAAAUAUGACACUUCCCUCUUUAAAAAAUGUUUGUGAUGAGGAGCCUAACGGAACUAUAAAGGAAUGUGGUCCCAGACUCUGUGUGAAAGAUCAGGGGAGGAAUGUCAAACUGCAACUUGUAAAAGCUGAUGUCAGACAAGGAGAUGCAAUCACAUGGCAGAUGGUUUGGGAUAAAAUUCCUGCAGAACAGCGUGAAUGGCCCAAAGAGAAGGAUGAGGUGGUCAUACCAUCAGACUUUGUUGCACCAUGCCUGUGCUUCCAGGCAUGGUGGAAGGGAUCAUUAAGAACACAAAUCUGCCCUUUCAAAAACAAUGAAGGUGCACUCGAAAAUAUGCAGCGCAGUGUGUCUGCAACUUUGGUGGAGUCUCAGCUGAGGGAUGGUGGCAUAGGGCUGAUCUGGAAUGUAAGUGCGCCGUGUAUACUGGAAGCAGAGGUGUGGCUGUGCAAGAAAGGCCAGGUGGGAGGCCAGUGUGAAGAGGUGAUGGGUUCCAGACAGAGACUACAAGCUAAAUGGGAUGAACGAAGCAACAGAUACUUGCAAACCGGAGAGUUCAAUGUGCCAUCUCACCCUCUGCUAUGUGUUCAGAUGAAGAUUAACGGGACAAAAUCACUCUUAGAGCCCCAGUGUCCGUUUGCCACAUCUCGAUUGCGAUGGAGCGUGGUGCUCAUCAUUGGAUUACUACUCGUGUGUUUAGCAAUACUGGGAGCGUAUUUAAUACAAGGGAUUCUACAAGGCUAUGUUUGGAAGUGGCUGAAAGACGAAGACGUUAAAGGGGCUGUGGGCGGUGUUCAUGUUGUGUUGCUGUACCCACCUGAUGAUAACCCUUGCCUGCCAGAGCUGUUGUGUCAUUUGGGCUCAUCUCUCCAAUCACUGGGCUUUAGUGUGUCUCUAGACCUGUGGAGCCAUGCUGAGCUCAGCAUGCUGGGACCUGUGCCGUGGCUCCACUCACAACUUGAUCAGCUACAAAGGCAAGGGGGCAAAGUGGUGCUAGUCCUAACCCAGGCCUCCUGGACAAAGGCUGAAGAAUGGGGAGCUCAGCGCUCAGAGAGGAAAAGACAUGUGAAAGAAGAAGAGGCAGGAAGAGAUUACCCUGGGUCUUCUCGCUGUGCAGAUGUUUUCAGUGCUUCACUGAGCUGUGUUCUAGCAGACUACUUACAGGGCCGCGCUGGCGAACGGUUUAUGCUGGUGCAAUUUGAAUCCCUCCCACCUGAGCCCCCAGGUAGUUUCCGACCGCUGCCAGAACUUUUCCGAGGCCUGCAUGUCUACAGCCUUCCAUCCCAGAGCCUGGGUUUCCUGACUGAACUGGCUGGAGCUCGUCAAGUAGCUACUGCAUCAGCCAGACGGAAAAGAGCAGGGGGGCUCAGGAUGGCAUCACGGGCUCUAGCCCAGAGACUGUCAGCAUUCACAACAGGGUCAAAUGUAUUACGCCUUGUGGGAGUGCAUCAGAGUUGUGUUGCCGUAGGAGGGGAAGACUCUGGGGAAACUGUGCCAUUGCAGCCCAGUCUUAUCACACCCCCAUCCAGCCCUGACACGGACCUGCAGGGCAGUGAAAUGGAGUGGGCCUGACAAUGCGACAGGACAGCUAUGGUUCAGUUUUGGGAUGAGCAAACAGUAAUGACACAAUCUGAACGGUUGCUCAUCAUUACCUUUGCUACUUCAGCUUCUUUAUUUCAGGAAAAACUCUGGAAUCCUAGCCUGUUGAAAAGGAGGCAUUAAAAAAAAUCAGCCCUGCUCUAGGAAAACAAUAAAAUAUCACCACUUCCAAAGAAAAAGGUGACAGCAGAUCCAAAGGUCUGUGAUGACUAUUUUUGAAAAGUAGCAUGGCUCAGGAGGGCUACAAAAUGAGAGUAAAGUGUGGAGAAAAACUCACUGUGUGCACACACUUCUGUUUCUAUGACACAACUACACACUUGUACUACUACUGCAAGUAAAAGUUUGUGAAGUUCAUGAAAAAAAUCUGCAGCACCUGUCCCAUUGUUGGAGAUUGACAUGCAUGUAUUUUGGCAAUUUUGCAGACUGUUAAGAACAACUGGAAUUUCUGCAUUGAUUAUUCAUAAAAUGUGUUCAUCAUCAUCAACUUAUACAUGCUAUUACAUGUCUUUAUUGAGCACGGUGAGUAAUAACUGGCAGAGCAGACGGGAAAAAAGUGAGUGAACUCUGUUUCUCUACCUUUGUUUUAACAUUUCCGAUAGCUGCUAAUGAGGAUUUACCCCCCCACCCCCCAAUACCAGUUCUGUAUAACUGUGUAUCAAUGCGCUGAAAGUAAUGAAGAAAAAAGAAACCAUAAUGUUGUGUUUCUGACUUUAUAUAUGUAAAUAUAUUUAACCAGUUUGUCUUGGCAUGUUCAUUUUGUUUUAUACUGUUUUCGUUUUUUCUUGUUGUCUUAAAUAAAAAGCUAAUGUUGGUAUGUCUUUGUGGCAUCAAAAGAA